AUGCCACAAAAUGGUCACAACAAGGUGGGCGUAGUCAUUGCAAGUAAUAAAAAUAUCCUAGGUUAUAAAGGGAAUGAGCUAGCUGAAGCUUCUAGCAAUUUUGACCAAGACCUUGGUGAGGAGACCGAAAGGAUGGGGCAGGAAUGUACUAACAGGUAUACCCGAGGCAUGCAGCAUAGGGCAUGUCAAGGUAUGUUUGUGAUGGUUAUACACCGGAGUGCAUGUAAUAUAGGUCAGGUCAAGUCAUGUACAUUACCGAGAAAUAGCCAAAGCAAAUGCAUGAAAAAAAGUAGGAAAACUAACUAUGAAUAG